CGAAGUUCAGAGGUCGGGCUUGGACCCGGGCAUGCCAACCUAGCAGUGAAGUGCGAUCUGUAAAUUUGUUUUAUUUAAAAGCUCCAACGAUUGAAUUGUAACAUGGAGAACGAUAUUCUGGAUUCUCUGGAGGACCUUGGGUACAAAGGUCCGCUGCUAGAAGAGGGGGCUUUGGACUCGGCAGCGAACACAGGGGCUGCUUCUCCGGAAUACACCAAACUGUGCGCCUGGAUCGUCUCCGAGCUAAAGCUCUACUGCAAGCUGGAGGAGAAUGUGCAUGCCACGAACUGUCCCACCGAGGCAGAGGAGUUCCAGCUGGAGAUGAGCGGCCUCCUUGCGGAGCUAGCGUGCCCCUACUCUGUCCUCACCACGGGCGACGUCACCAAGCGCCUGCUCAGCAGGAACAACAGCCUGCUGCUGCUCACUUUCCUCAUCUCUGAGCUUGAGGCCUCCAGGAUGAUCCUGGUCACCCGGCCGCAGAAGAAGGCUCAGGACGGUGGGGGCAGCGACGUCUUCGUGGAGCUGAAGGGCAUCUGCAUGGCCCUGGGAAUGUCCAAACCCCCAGCCAGCAUCACCAUGUUCCAAUUCUUCAGCGGCAUCGAAAAGAAGCUGAAGGAAGCUUUGGCCAAGGUCCCACCUACUCAUGUAGGAGGAUCUCUUUUGAAGAAACCCUUGGGUCCAGUCCACUGGGAGAAAAUUGAAGCUGUCAACCAAGCACUUGUGAAUGAAUAUGAAGUCAGGAGAAAGAUGUUGCUGAAACGUCUGGACGUGACAGUUCAGUCUUUUGGUUGGUCGGAUAAGGCUAAGACACAUGGUGAAAAGCUGGCUAAAGUGUACCCGCCCCUGCGUUCAUCUCUGGCCACCAAGAGCUCGGUGUCCGUUGCUCACCUCUUUGCCGCCAGAGAUGACCUCUCCAAAAUCCUGCGCACAAGCAGCGGGAGAAUCCGGGAGAAGACUGCCUGUGCCAUCAACAAGGUUCUGAUGGGGCGUGUACCUGACCGAGGCGGGAGACCCAAUGAGAUCGAACCACCCCCUCCGGAAAUGCCCACCUGGCAGAAGCGACAGGAUGGGCCCCAAGGAGGCGGCGGGCAGCAUUAUGGAGGGGGUGGCAGAGGAGGAGGAGGAGGAGGAGGAGGAGGAGGAGGAGGAGGAGGAGGAGGAAGAGGGGGCUAUGACCAGCACUCCCAGGGUGGGCGCGGGGGUUACGAGCGUGGGGGCAGGGGGGGUAAAGUCCAAGGAAGUUGGUCAGAUGGUGGGAGCAGAGGCAGUGGUGGUGGUGGUGGUGGUGGUUACCAUGGCAACUAUCAGGAGGGAGGCGGCCACCAAGGAGGAGGGGGAGGGGGAGGGGGGAGGGGAGGUUACGGUGGUGGAAAUUACCAAGGUGGCUUCCAGGGCUCUAAUUACCAAGGAGGGGGAUACCAGGGUGGAGGUGGUGGGGGUGGAGGGGGCGGAGGGGGCUAUCAGGGUGGAGGAGGUGGGUUCCAGCAAGACAACCAGUACCAGGAUGGAGGCCGCCCCCAGGAAAGAGGGGGCCGAGGCGGGCGAGGGGGCCGGAGCAGGGGGGGACGGGGAGGCCAGGGAGGUGGCUGGGGAGGGCGAGGUGGGCAGAAUUUCAACCAAGGAGGGCAGUUUGAACAGUUCUUCCAGCAGGGAGGCUAUCAGUACAACCAGGCCGGGUUUGGGCAGGGCAGACACUACACAAGCUGAGGAGAACCACCCUGGACGGUCAUCGCCGCACAGCUCACGCAGAAGUCCCUUCAAAUGAGGAAGACGGGAAAGACUACCCUACAGGUUCAGUGCGAGGAUGCAGUGAGAACUUCUCUUAGCAAGAUUUUUUUUUUUUUUUUUUUUUGGGUUUGCAAGUCAAGCUGAGUGGUCUUUCAGUGGGAAUCUGAAAAUCGGUGUUGCACAAAUGUUGGAUGCUGAUAAACAUCCACCUGACUCAAGAAACAAUUUCCACUUUGCCAUUUUUCUGCAUCACAUGACUUAGUUCAACAAGUUUAACUUUGAUUGUUCCUAUGUAAUCAUUACAUACAGUUUACCUUCUAUUUCAGGUACGAGACAACUCUUAUUAUACUUGUUCCCUACGUGGUCCUUGAGCUAAAGAAAGCUGAUCUGCAAUAUUGGUGUGUUUCCCACUGGAGAGAAUACAUUAUCGGUUCUGUAAUAACACUUGGUUGAUACUGACAAGCCUCAUCUUGGGCACUACUUGAGAGGUAUAGUGUUAUCUGACUCAUGAGUCACAUGUAGAUUUUCUGACAGUGACGCAAUUUUCAAAAUGUCUUCUGUUGAAAAAUAUUGUUGAAUUCUUAAAGUCCAUCCUCUAGUUUUUUUUUUAAAUGAGACAUACUUGAAAGGAAAUGUAUUUUUCUCCAGUGAGAGUUGCUUUAAGCAUAAGUAUACAUUGGAGUGGAGUGCUGCCAUUCUCGAGAAGACUGACUACGGUUUUGCUGUUGCAAAUAGCCUUGAUGGACUUUAAUGUUACUUUUUUGGGAAAAAAGCCACGUGAUGCUGCUUUUUUUUGGAAAUGUUGUGUACAUACAUUAUUAGGAGAUUUGAAAGACUUUGAAAGUGUGACUGAAUGAUAAGUGAGCAAUAAAAAAAUAAAAUGA